AUGCUCAUCAACAUUAUCAAGACAGAGGGUUCAGCGAUGCCAAUGAAAGUACAGUUGGAGACCGGGCCUGCUACACAAAGCCAAGGUGUGUUCUUAUUGCUAUUGAGAAUGUUACUAACAUUUAUUGAUUAUCAUUUAGGUAAUUAUGGUCAACAUCAACAACAAGUUGAAUAUGAACAACAGCAGCAGCAACAGCAACAACAACCAAAUGUAGAUAAUAGAAGUUAG